AUGGCUGAGUGGUUUGUGAUGAACUGCCUCAGGAUGGACAAAAUCACCCUGUUCGUGAGGGCUGACUGCCCUUACUGCGUGAACGCCGUGCAGAUCGUCAAGAGCCGCGCUCCGGGGCGCAUGCAGGUGGUUGACAUCACUGGCUUCCCCAACGUGCAGGAAUACCUCCAGCAGACCCUGUGGAGGAACGUCCCUUUCGUGUACUUUGGGAAUACCUACUUUGGAGGAUUAUCUGAACUGCAGAGAAUGUACCAGAGGAUCCCCAUGAUGCUGCAGUAUUCCCAUGGCAUGUG